GACAUUAUUCAAAUAGCUAAAGCGUUCAACUAGUUGCACCUCAAAGCGAAAAAUCGCUUUAGGACAACCGGAAUGGAACGCUACCACGUCGGCGGUGACCAUAGCACCGAAUCAUGUCACAGCAAUAAAAACAACAAUAAUGAACUAAAGGAAGUCACCGGUUUAACGCGCAUCACUAAGAAGCGCCUAAAGGAGCUCUGCAAAAAAGAUAAGCUUUAUCAGACGCCUGCGCUUAAUGAUGUGCUUUAUCUACACUAUCAAGGCAUCCAUUGCAUUGAGUGCUUGGAGGAGUACACCGGCCUUAAAUGUCUUUGGCUGGAGUGUAACGCGAUCUCUGAGAUACAGGGACUCGAGCAUCAAAAAGAACUCAAGUGUCUCUUCUUGCAGAGCAAUUUAAUAAAACGUAUCGAAAAUUUGGAGCAUUGUCCGCAAUUGGAUACGCUCAAUCUAGCAUCGAAUCAUAUCCGAAAAAUCGAAAAUUGCGGCGUGGAUGUGCUGCCAGUUUUGAGUACAUUGAAUUUAUCCUCUAACUAUUUGAAAGACUUUGACGGUCUCAAAGAUUUGGAGAAUUGUAAGUCACUUUCAGUAUUGGAUUUGUCGAAUAAUCGUAUCGAUGAUAUAUUGGUGGUGAAGAUUUUUGCUAAAAUGCCACAAUUGCGCGUGUUAGUGCUGCAAGGCAAUCCGGUGGUGUCUAAAGUACCGCAGUAUCGAAAGACACUGAUAUUGGAAUGCCAAGAAUUAACCUACCUCGACAGUCGCCCUGUAUUUCCCAAGGACCGCGCUUGUGCAGAGGCUUGGAAACGUGAUGGUUACGAAGGCGAGCGUAAGGAAAACGAACGCUGGAAACGCAUGGAACGUAAGAAGAUACGCGAUAGUGUUAAUGCCACAAUUCGCAUGCGAAACAAGCAUCGGCCAGCAGAUCAGCAAGAUCCACUAUUCAACUCCUCCGAUUCAGAGGAAGAUUGCGCCGAAGUGAAACGCGCACGUCAAGCGGAAGUAGACGCUGGCAUAAAUAUGGAACUGGGCAUCUGGGAGGAGGUCGUGAAUGAGGACAGCAAAUCGCAAACCUCUUUUGACAUGAACGUUAGCUCAUCAACAUCGGGGCUCAGUACCACCGAUUCGAAUGCAAAUAUUUCCGCUGACUCGAAAUCCAUUGGGUUGCAACCCAAUUUGGACAAUGAAGAGAAAGUUGCGAACGAUUCGCCAGUUACAAAGUCUCAAGCCUUAGCUAUAGCAACAGAUGGUAAUUUUGGAAGCAUUUUGAAGCUGGUUGAUGUGAGUGCAAAGGAAGGGUUUGAGACAAACGCUAACAAGGUAGCCGAGAGAAAGCGAAGUGAUGUCACUGUUGGGCAGAAGAGGGUACUUAUUGAAGAGUGGCCAGAGAUUGAGGUGGCGAAUGAAGAGAAUGCUGCUGAAAUCACAAGUGGCGUAAUCGAGCGUCUGCUAGAAAAAGCGACUUUACCGACUUUUGCUCAAAAAUCGACCGAACUUGAUAAGCGUUUGUCCGUAACUAAUCUUUCCGAUUCAGAUGACGCUGCGAAAGAUGAGUAUAAUGCAACCGUCGAUGCGAUUGGUCAGAUCACUAUGCAUGAUCUUUCCAAACCCUCGCCUAAGAAACGCAUCAAGUUACAAAUUGAGGUAGACGAAGAGAGUUUGGACGUAAUGGAAACGGAGCAGGACCGAUUGGCGCGUAACUACGACAUUAUAGAAACGGAAACGCGUGAAAAGGUUGUUGAAGAAACUUGUGAGGAAUCUGAUGAUAUUGUGUUGUUUAAACCAAAAACCGUUGAGCAAAUGAAAUACGAGCUAGAAUGCGCGGAGGUGAACGAGAAAGUGGUGGCUGAUUUUGAAGAACUCUCUUCGCAAAUGGACAACUUUAUUGAAGAAAUGCAGAAAGACCAGGAAGCGUUGGGUGUUCAAAGAGAGCAAAACGAAAGCAUUUUGGAUAACACAUUUGAAACUGAGAGUACUGAAACUACUUAUACAGAAUUGGAAGAAUAUGGUGCAAGGCUGGAUGUGCUACACCGAGAACCCACACCGGAGUUAUAUUUGGCUGCCGUAUUGGAACAUGUGGCACGAGUGGAUAGCGAUGUGGCAACCAAGAUGACAACGAUAUCGGAUAUGGAAAAAUGUGAAAAGCAGCAAGAAGAAGGUAAUAGCAGUGGUGCCGAUGUGCCAACCGCGGCCAGCAGUCUUGAGAAAGUGAAUGUGCUGACAAGUAUCGGCCCUAAUGCAGAUGCAUUGCGCAACGACGUGCCUGGUGAUCACGCUGAUUUGUCAGCUCCGGUAAUUGAGACGUUAUUCGAUGAUUGUAGUAAUGGAGUCGAUAUGAAAAUUGAGAAGAUUGUACCCGCAGAUACCCUAAAUUUCAGCAAACCCCCGGAGAAGGCUUUGGCUACUUUCGAAAGUGAGGAACGAGAAUUGCGUCAGCUAUUACAAAGGCUUGAGAAUGAAAAUGAGCAGCUGUAUAAUAUCAAUAGCGCCUACCGAUGCGCGCUUGCAGAAGACAUAAACGAGGAAAUUAAAUAUCGCGAAAAUGAGAAAAGCGAGCAAGUGCACAAAGUUUGUGAGGAAAUAAUUACGGACCUGCUGGAUGAGUUGAUUUUAGUGGAUCAAAGAGCCGAUGACCAAUGGGCGGAGCCUAAAAGCUACCAGUUUGGUGAAAUUGAAUCUGAUGAAGAAUACUGUUACUCAGAUCCACCCAAACCGCCAGAGCCUCCAGUGCGCAGCAUACGUGAUGUACUGAGCUCAUUCAAUGAAUUACUCCAGGAAAUAUCACGCAAGAACAAGGCCGAGGAAGAACGUAAAGAGCACGAGUAUAAAGAGGCGAUUCACCAAAAAUACGCAUCCACCGACGCACAAAAGGCUGAGAGUCUAGAAAAUCUUUUGAAAUCACCAAACUUGCGCAAUUUUAAUGGCGACACCAGUGAGUUGUUAGAUCAGAAAAUCGCAGAGGAGAAGAAGCGUGAAAGUAAGCGUGUUAGGAAGCUUGUGGAUCGCGUGUAUGCGCAAAAAGAUAAGUACAACGAUACUCUGGAGGUAGUGGAUGGCAAGUUGGUGGUGGUGAAGAAGGAUACCGGCAAGAUAGAGGAUUUACCGUCAAGCAAAUUUAAUUACAGCGAUAGUGAGGACACAGACCAAUACGAGUCGGCACAGUCGGAUGAUGAGCAAGACACUGGAAAAGCGGGCCGCGUAGAGAUCGGCGUUGCAGCCAAGUUGCAUUACAAACCAAGAGAAAUCGUUGCAGAUGGUGAAUUGGGUACAAAAAUGAUGCAAUUGUGGGACGCGAGAGUGCGCCAAGCGGAGAGUGCUGGUACAUUCAGGUUGCCUUACAGGCCAACAGAACGCAUACCAGCUAUGCAAUUGAUACAGAAAGCAAACGAGUGGAAGGAGAAAGAGGAUGCCGCAUGUGAUGCGGCGGAUGAAGAGGAAAACGAACAAUUCUAUUCACUGGAGGCAGCGAAACCGACAGUUUUUCGUGAUUUAGAUGAGGAUUUUAUUGACAAAAUGGACUUUGAGAAGGCGGAACUUCAGCAAGCAAAUGAGAGCGAGUUGGUUGAAUGUGCGCGCAGCUAUACGGAACUGAAACAGAUUAUGAAGGGGAAUAAGGAGGAGCUGAAUUUGACAGAUGAUGAAAAUUUUCUGCUGCAGAAAAUGUUGGGACUUGCUGAGCAAAAAGAGACGGAGGCUAAACAAACGAAGGAUCCAUUGACCGUUGAAGAGAAUGAGCUACUGCAAAAGAUGGUGCAGCGAACAAAGGAGAAGGAAAAGGAAAAACCGGGAAGUAGACAUGCGGAUGCAAAGACACGUGAGCAGAAUGCGAAGCCGACGCUUUCGAAGCAGAAAAUGAAAAUUAUCGAGCUGACCAGUGAUGAAAACAGUCAGAGCAGUGGAGUUGAUGGGGAAAACCCCGGCAAUUUUAUAAAUAUCAAGCAGCUGGAUGCAGAGUACCCAAUACCAGGCAUUUUCAGGGAUAUGCUAGACGAUUACGAUCUUGGUGCAAAGACACCGAAAAUGCGCGUCGACGACGCUGAACCUGAGUUGACUGUUUUGUUUACCAAGCAAACGAAAGAACGCAUGGAGCUGAAGGCGGAUGAACCGCAUGAAUGUGGACUUUUUAGGGAUCCACUCGAAUUGGGCAGAGGAGGUAUAGCAUACACACAGGAAGGCGACAAGGAUGAAUUCAAAGAAAUAGAUACCAGCUACGAUGAUGUAUUGCCGGCAGAAGAUGAGAGCGAAGAGUUGUGGCAGGAGCACAGCGAAGAGUAUAAUGAGUUAAGUGAUGAUAAACUGGUACAAGAACAAGAAAAGGAAAAGCACAAGAAAGAUACUGCUGAAAAGCUACUUCAGAAGUGUGAGAGUCUCAGAGAUGUGGCAGUAAGUGUGCUCAAAUUCGAUGGUAGUAAUUACGAGGAAUAUGGCAUUACUGAGGAAACAGCGCGUGGAGUUGUGGAAUAUGAAAAGAUGCUAAACUUUGGCAAAGAAGACGAGGAGGAGUUUGUCGAUGCGCCAAUGCGAGAAGAACAGCUGGUAAAAAUUGUAACGGAAGCGCUAAAAAAGGAUGAAUUGAAGGAGAAAAAAGGGGUUGGGGUUGGCGGUGUUGGAGACGUCGAAAGUAGUUGUGACAAGUUUCGGCUACAGGUGGGUGACAUAUUUCAAAAGAAGAGAUUGCAAGCGGUCGAAAAAAAAGAGUGCGAAGCAGCAGGCAAGACGGUUGCUAAGGAGUUUAAGCCUGAACGCAAGCACAGUGAGUACACAAAAGCUAAAGCACCGGAAUUGGAAAACAAAUGGGAGGAUAUCGCCGAGACGGAGCAAGAUAACAUUGACGAGCCAGAUUUCGCGGAUAUUAGCAAAGAAAACGUAAAGCAACUCGAAAACCUUGAAAAGGAAAUCACGAAUUAUUUAGAUCAAUUCGAUCUACAAAUACAAACUAACGCCGAUGAGAAGGAAACAAUGGAUGACGUGAAAUUUCAAGAUGUGUCAGAGGAGUAUAAGGAUUUUCCAGCAGUAGGCAGUAAAGCUGUUGCAGCUUUAGAAGUUGCUGAUAGCGAUAAGGUUGGGGUAGAAGUUGAUGGUUCUCAUAAUGCUACGCCAGCGUUGACAAAUCCUUCAGACGAGUAUACAGAUUUCCCAGCAGCCAGUGCUGCUCACAGUUCAUACAAAGCUGAAGUGCUGAAGGUGACUGAAGCUGCAAGCUUGCGCGAGACCUUUUCAAAACUUUCAUCCCGCCAAAAUGAAUCUCCAAAUUCGAAUUCCAGCUUUAAAAAUUCGCACACCCACGCAGGCAAGGCAAGCACAUUUGAAAGCUUGCUCAAGUCUCCAAUCUUAAAGCAGUUCAAUGAGGAUACUAGCGCGAGUUUGAAUGCACAAAUUCAAGCGGCCAAGGUAGAUGAUUUUGAUUUGAUUGAGUGUAGUCUGGAAGUUAUUGGCGAUGACGAUGAAGUGGUCAAUGAGAUUUCCGUCAGCGCGGAGAUUACCUAUAAUCCAUAAAACAAUUUGCGUAUUCCGCAAAAAAUUUGUGUAUUUAUUAUAUCUUUUAUAAUCACGCAUGUUAAUCUAAUCUUUUUCAUCGUGUGU